AAAUGCGGAAGAUUUCUACGUGGUUGCCACGUGGAUAGCUUAUACAGGAUACGAAAACGCUUCCUGCAUGACAAGAGAUGACGAGUAACCAAUCACCGAUUUUCCGAAAUACACAUGUGCAAUUUCUGUGUUGACAUCGGCAAGGACGCCGCGGCUCUCUCAACUUGACGGACCUGUCACAUUACGCGUGCGUGGUGCGAGGGUAACGAUCCCGCGUACGCGAGGGAGAGAGAGAAAGCGAGACGGAUGGAGUAGGGGUGUCGCGGGCAAGGGGCAACAGAUGUCCUUCCGCAUGACGCACGCGGGGUGGCUGUCCCUCCACUAGUCUCGCGGCGUCUGGUGGUGUUUGUGCGCGUCGCGUCCCGGUGACAGACGGAGUGGCCGGCUUUCUCUUUCGUCCUUUCGCGGGGAUCUCGUCGGAAAACGACAGAUACGUUCGAGAAAUGUUCGUGUAAAAUGACGUCGAACGCGUACCGCGUAAUUUUCUUUCGACGAAGAGCAUUAUCUGGUUAGCACACGAUGUGCGAGGUAUCGAAAGGGCAACGGAGAGCGUUCCGCGAUCAGGAUCCACCGCGAAUUUGCAACAAGAGCGCGGAAAAUUUGCUGCGGGACGAGCUCGAGUUCUCGCGAUCGACCCCAAGCUCGCCAACAACCCUCCAGCGCGCCGUCAGCCUCGAGAAAUGCUUCAGCGAGCCCGAGUUCUUCCAGAAGCAGCGCGAGCUGCUCUCGAAGCACGAACAGAGGACGAGAGAGAAGGGCAGCGGCGACGAGGAAAGCGUCAUCACCUCCGAUUUCGCACGUGACGCGGAUGACGAUUCCGGAAGAACGGCCGAGAUCGCGAGGAACACUUCGGAGGACCUCUUCAAGGAACUCUCCGCUAAAGUGCCUUCCCCCUGCAAGCAGGCGAAUGAGGUGAUUACUAACGGUCUCAAGUGCGACACUGACGACGUCGACGGUUUGACAAACGGAAAAAAGAUGGCACCGGUUCUAGGCGUACCGCCUCCGCCACCACCGGCUCCUCACAUGGGACCAGAUGGCUUGAUCUUGCCGAGGAAACCAUAUAACCCUUGCCUUACCUCCAAUAAUCAUAAGGACCUGCACAGAGAGUUGCUCUUUAAUCAGAAAAUUGGCAAAAACGUCUUGAAUCAGAAGAGCGAGUUGCAACGUGCUUUGGAGAAACAUAGGGAAGCCGCAUCAAGAAGAGAAGCUGAAAGGAUGCGGGAAGAAAGCUAUAAGGACGAUCCUAGAACCGCAUUGCAAAGAGCGAUCGAGCAAAGAGCAAGACACAUUCAAAUCACGCAAGAGCAAUCGCAGGCGACGACGGAGCCGUCGAGCAAUCUCUUGGUAACAGCGAGGGCGAAGCUGAGGCCUCGCACCGAGUCCCAGUGAGCCUAAACGAAGGUCGGAGGUCGCGCUCGAAUGAAUAGAACGAUCGAUCGAUCUCGAUCCGCUUGGAUGGCUCGUGUAAUUUCAUACCUCGACGCCUUAUCGAUCGCAAUCAACAUGUAUAUACGCGUAACAUCUGAUUUCGUUGGCACGAGGAUUACUGCGGCGUCUCUCAUUUGGCGCGUCGACGAAAGGUGUGUUAUAUAAUGAGCGUUAUUAAGAUAAAAUACGCCACGAAUUUCAUCGCUCGAUUAUAAGCGAGGAGAGGAUCAAUAGAAGAUUUAUCUCAUAGAAAAAAAAGAACAGUCAAUCCACCGUAAAAUCAUUCCCAGAACAAUGCGAAGGACCAAACGACGUUGUGUCACAAAGAUUAGGAUUUAUAUCUCUUUAUGGCUUAAACAUCACGAAUUACGGUGUCGCUCCAUCUGGGUCGGAUAACGCGCAAGCAAAGGGCUCGUAAGAACGUAUCGGGUGUCUCGAUGUACAAUCAGCAACCAAUCACGUGUCUUUGUCGUGUUUAAUAAAUAGUAAACCUCAGUGUGCCGAGCUUAGUUUGAUGACCAAUUAGGAUGACGUCGACAAGCGAUAACGUAUAUAUUAUUACAUACGAUUAUUAUAUCAGUAAUUAUCGUAUGUAGUAAAAAGUAAUCCGGUAAUUAUUAUACGUGUAAACUCGAAUAUAUAAUAACCAGCGUAUUUUUUCUUACGAGAAAACACAAAGGUGAUUUCGUCGCGAGAGCACCGAUAGUUAACAUGAUAAUAAAUACAGUUUGACAGAGUAGCGACACAAAUUGACAAUAGACAGAGUAGCGAGAGUAGAUAAAUGGUGAGAUAAGAUAAUGCGAAAGAAUUUAUUCGUUUCCGAUUCGAUCUUUUGAUCUUGAACGAUACGAAAUGCUUCCUUUAAUUUUCCAAAAUUCACUUUUUCUUUUUAAGAAUUCUUAUAUAUUAUAAAAUUUACGACAAAACGAUAAAUAUAGAUUAUUUUUUAAGUAUUAUUGCUGGGACUAUUAUUUGCGCAAUAAAGUAAAAUUAAAAUUUA